AAAUGAGCUGGAACCUUGAUGUGGAUGAUUGGUUUUACCUCAACGUUAAUUGGUCGGUCGAGUCAGGAACAUCCCGAUUAGGUGGUGAUUCCAAUCUCGAUGUGGGUCUGGGGUCAAUGCCAUUCUUUACCGCUUGCAACUAUUUCGACAAUAGGAGUGAAUAUUCCAGGUAUAUAUCGGAAGGUAUCGUACGAGGGUCUCUCAUUGGAUUGCGAGGGCAUCCGUGGAUGCCACUCACGUGACAGAAAAGUCCAUUGGUGCGAUCGUAUAUUCUCUCGUAUUAAAGAUCCUUCGCAGCCUUCGUCGUCGAUUUUUACUUAGUAUGGGCGGAUACGAAGCAUAACAGAAACACCUUCUUAAGAAGCAUUGGGGGAACCUUUCGCUUUUUAUGUAUGUCAGAUCAAGAUCUGCAACUGCUUUGCGCGGUAACGUGGAGAUAAUUUCCGACGUUCGCAUUGAAGUCCAGACAGCCACAAAGGACGCAAUAAGUAAAAUGUCGUUGAUCUCAUGUGCUGAGCCUUCAUUACAAAUUUACAAUUCCCACUUAUUGGUCAUACAUACGAGAUCCUAUCAUCCUCUACCAAGCCAUUCAUGCAUCUCCAGGCAGCUACAACACGGGUAGAUGCUAGGUAUAUAAUUGCAAUGUCUCACCUCAAGCCAUCUGUUCUUGUGUAUCUACAUUCUCAUCUUCACAGCCUUCUCUACAACACAAAACCGCCAACAUGAUGUUCCAGCCCACUUCAAACUUCGUCGUCCUGGCGCUAUUCGCCUCGGCAGCACACUCUCUCACGUACGUGGGCUGUUUCUCUUCGUCGACGAACCUCAGCUUCAACAGUCGAUCCGUGUUUCAGUCUAUUGGGAGCUGCCAGCAGAAGUGUGGCGAGGCGGGCAUGCCCAUAAUUGGCGUUACAAACGGCACGGACUGUUUGUGUGGCGCCACGACGCCCCCUCAGGGAAAUGCCGUUCCGGACUCGUCCUGCAACAGCCCCUGCUCAGGGUACCCAGAGGAUAAGUGUAUGGGCGCAAAGAAAAUAUCUUUCAAUUCCAAGUAGUUAGCCGCCAUUUGAACAUAUUUAUUUUAGGGAAAUCAAUGCAUGAUUCUCUAAGGACAUUGAACGCAAAGGCUUUUCAACCCUUUAACAAGCCAUUAA